AUGUUUAUUGACGAAAGAAUCAGGUUAAUUGUCUCACAUGGCCAAAUUUGGUCGAGUUCAGCUUACUAUGGAAACAGUAAAACAGAAAUAAGCAGCAAACAAUAUGAAGUCUUGUGCGACAGUAGUAUCUCACAUGAGAAAAAAUGUUAUGAGUGGGAACCAGACAGUGAUGGAAAUGUGCCAAAAAAUGCUAUAGUUGCGGGAAUAACGAGUGAUACACCAAUAUAUAUUGCUAAAGCUGCCGUCAACGGAGAAAUGUGUAUUGGUAAAGUUCACGAUGGCCAUAAAUGUGCCCAUCUACCUUGGGGAGGUAGUGAACACGAAGUGCAACAAUAUGAAGUAUUGGUUUUCAAGAAAAAGUGA